UGCUGGGCGCCACCAUCUUGUUGUCCGGUGGCGGUCGUGGUUGGAGGUUAAGAAACGGCGCCAUGAUGAUGGCGCCUUCGAGCUUGGCAGCUCACCGAGCAUGUAUCGAGAGCAGGUCGACGCCGAAGCACCGCUCGCGGUGCCGAUCCCGACGGCCAUUCCCAUCAUAGUACUAGAGCCAAAUGCGUGGCGCUCCAGUCUCUUUGCCUGCAAGCAUCUCUACCCCAACGGGCCCAUGGCGUGGUACUGUCCGUGCGUCGCGCUGGCGCAAAUCGCAGGCCGCGUCGGCGUCUGUGGCGGCUACCACCGCGUUUUGUGUGGCGUCAUGGGCUUGAUUGUGUCGGGGCUGCUUCUGUACGCGAUGAGCGAGACGGUCCUCGACAGCGAAGCGUCGUCUGCCAUGCCCGUGUGCUCCCACCAGUUAUUACAAACCCUCGCACUGCUGUGCUUUCUCACGGUCGCGGUCGUGCUCGGCGCCGUCCGGACGCGCGUGCGCGGGGUCUACUACCUCGUCGGCUCGGAGCUCGAAGACCACGUUGCCUCCAUUUGCUGCUUCUGGUGUACGCUCGUGCAGCUGGGCGCCGAGAUCGACGCAUUUACGCCCGAGGUUUGUAGUUUUGGCGCGCGGGAUACGCUGCCUAGCUACAGUGUCUAAGCGCCGAAUCCACAUCGCAUCUUGGGAGUGAUAUAUCUCUCAAUGAAUUGAUAUCGACCGCCAA